AUGAUACCAUAUGGUGAGCCAAGAUUCCAUACUAUCAUGGUGCCAUACCGUGUACUAUGUUACCAUAUUGUCAAUGUGUUAUUGUGGUAUCAUAAGGUGCGGUUAUGGUGCACUGUUAAGCGAAUUUAUACCAUGACGUUGAAAUUAAUACUAUGGUACCCACACGAUUCAAUGGAUCAUGGGACCGAAUGCUACACUAUAGUACCAUAUAGUCUUUUAACGCACCAUUGUACCAUAACAUAUGAUUCUACAAAAAUCAUCAACUAUGUGAAUUCUCAGAAAUCUUUAUGGACCGCCGGGAAUCCCAAAAUUUCGAAAGAUUAUAUGCUCAAAACAUUAACUACGGAUCCUGAAACUGUUGGAUUCAGAAAUUUGGGACCAACAUUUUAUUCAAAAAAUAUUUUUUCUCCCGAAAAUUUAGAUGAUUCCAAUUUUUUCGAUGCUCGAGAACGUUGGCCAGAAUGCUCCUCAAUCCCAAUAAUCAAUGAUAUUUCGGACUGCAAAUCUAGUUGGGCGUUUUCUGCGGCUGAAUCCAUGUCGGAUAGAUUAUGUAUCAAUUCUGGAGGAAUGAUUAAUACAGUUUUGUCGGCUCAAGAAUUGCUCAGCUGUUGUACUGGAGUAUUUUCGUGUGGAGAGGGAUGCGCUGGCGGAAACGUAUUCAAAGCGUGGCAAUACUGGCAGAAGCACGGUCUACCAACGGGUGGAUCAUAUGAAUCUCAAUUCGGAUGCAAACCAUAUUCCAUUUCUCCGUGUGAUACCGUAAUCGGAAAUAUCACAUUUCCUGGAUGCUUAAAUUCAACUGUACAGACUCCGAGUUGUGAGAAAAAGUGUAAAUCUGGUUAUCCAGUGGAAUUGGAUAAAGAUCGACAUUAUGGAGUUUCCGUGGACCAAUUGCCAAAUCGUCAAAUCGAAAUUCAAAGUGACGUCAUGUUGAACGGACCGAUUUCUGCGACCAUGGAAGUUUACGAUGAUUUUCUACAGUAUACCACUGGCAUUUACGUUCAUUUGACUGGAAAUAAACAGGGACAUUUGUCGGUCAGAAUUCUCGGAUGGGGAAUGUACGAAGGUGUACCAUAUUGGCUUUUGGCGAAUUCAUGGGGCAAGCAAUGGGGAGAAAAUGGUACUUUCCGUGUUCUCAGAGGCGUCAAUGAAUGCGGUCUGGAGGCAAAUUGUGUGUCAGGAAUGCCAAGAUUGGGAUAA